CCCGUAGUUGUGUGAGCCUUGUGCUGUAAGGUGGCAAGAUGGCGUCGGAGCCGAACAAGACAGAAAUCUUAACCAUCUUUAAAAGACUUAGGUCUAUUCCAACGAACAAGGCUUGUUUUGACUGUGCAGCAAAAAACCCAAGCUGGGCUAGUAUACCAUAUGGAGUCUUCCUGUGUAUUGAUUGCUCAGGGAUUCACCGGUCUCUAGGAGUGCAUCUUAGCUUUAUCAGAUCUACAGAACUUGAUUCCAAUUGGAACUGGUUUCAGCUGAGAUGUAUGCAGGUUGGGGGUAAUGCCAAUGCAACGGCUUUCUUCCGGCAACAUGGGUGCACAACCAAUGAUACAAAUGCCAAAUACAACAGUAGAGCUGCCCAGAUGUACAGAGAGAAGAUAAGACAGUUAGCAGAUGCGGCCCUCUCUAAGCAUGGAACCGAUCUCUGGAUUGAUGGUCAUGGAGGUGCCCAGGCUCAUACACCAGAAAAGAAAGAUUCUGACUUCUUUGCAGAACACACUCAGCCUGCAAACAGCUGGGAUAUGGCCUCCCUAUCGGAUGAGAAUGGUGCAGUUCCACAGGGUCCACAGGCUGUGGAAGAGUCUCCCAAACUGCAAGAAAACAUUAAAAACCAACCAGAGGAAGGACCGAGCAUUGAGGGCCUCAGCACAUCUCCCAAAGCUAACAUAGAGGAUUCGAUGCGCUUGGCAUCUGACGAACCUCAGUCUUCUACAGAAGUGAAGCCCUCUCUUAUUGGAAAGAAAAAGCCUGCAGCUUCGAAAAAAGGGCUUGGUGCUAAAAAGGGGCUGGGUGCCCAGAAGGUGAGCAGCCAGAGCUUCAGUGAGAUUGAGAGACAGGCCCAGGUGGCAGAAAAAAUGAGAGAACAGCAAGCCAGUGAAGCUAAGAAGCAAGCCGAGGAGUCCAUUGUAACCUCUAUGCGUUUGGCAUACCAGGAACUACAGAUUGACAGGAAAACUGAGGAUAAAAAGCUGCAAAAUCUUGAAGGGAAGAAGAGAGAACAGGCAGAGAGGCUUGGGAUGGGAUUUGGAAGCAGAAGUGCGGUUUCUCAUUCAGUAUUAUCGGAAAUGCAAGUAAUUGAACAAGAGACUCCAGUUGCGGCAAAGUCGUCUCGCUCAAAGCUGGAUAUGUUUGACGAACCCGGAUUUACAUCUGGACCCCCAAAGUACAAGGAUAACCCCUUCUCAACAGGGGAUAGCUUUGGCUCUCGAUGGGACUCUGAUGGGGGAUCAUCUUUCUCCUCUUGGGGCCUGGAGAAGGAGGAGCCGAAGGACUCUGAAGUCACGAUCUCCAGUAUUCAGCCGACGGGAGACCGGCUCCCGAGCAGACGGAAGCCGGACAGCAACGUCACGGUCGUGGAAUCGAGUGAGGCUCGUCAGAAGUUCGCCAACGCUAAGGCCAUUUCGUCCGACAUGUUCUUUGGGAGAGAAAGUGAUGCAGAGUAUGAAGCUAAGACCCGUUUGGAGAGACUUCAAGGCAGUACUUCCAUAAGCUCUGCAGAUCUCUUUGGGGAUGGCACUGAUCACUCCUCUGCUGGGGGUUCAACUUUUGAAAGUGUGCUUCCAUCUGGCCCUGAUAUUGCCCAGUUCAAACAAGGUGUGAAGACAGUAGCUGGGAAGAUGGCAGUGCUGGCCAAUGGGGUGAUGAACACAAUUCAGGAUCGCUAUGGCUCAUACUGAACAUGAAGAUGGAGAAAUUGAGAAUACCAAGCAAAAAACAGAAUACUGUUAAUGUCCGCCUUUUUUCUCAAUUGUGUUUGUGUUAAAAAUGAUGAGUGGGAGAGAAAAAGCAUGACUGUGAUCAGGAGAAACCUAGAGUUUUCCUAUUUGUCUGCCUACCCGUAAUUUUAUAGAGUACAAAAUAUAUUAAAAAAGUAUUUUUUUCUUUUGAAAACAUUUCAGUUUUAUUUUCAGAAAAAGCACUGGUAGAUGUAGAUACUUAUUUUACAAACUUGACAGCUUAACAGUUUACUGAUGCCCUGGUGCAUACUUCUCUUUGUUUUUUUUCUAUAUGAUAUGGUAAGCAUUUCAAAAAGCAUAGUGGAUUUCGAAUACUUGUUCAUAUUUAUUUCCCAGGUUCAUUCUCUUCUCUUAUUUAUAUAUGCACUUUUCAAACUUUUAUUUUUUAGACAUACAAUAAUCUAUAGCUCCAAACUAAUGAAAUGUACCUGCAUCAUGAACAGAAUCGGGACAGAGAAUUAGUCAUUUGUAAUGUUAUGUUACGCAAAUGUAAUAUAAUUACAAACCAAAUGUAAUGGUUAAGCAAAUGCAUUUAUUUGAAUCUAUGCUUUUCAGUCUUCAUUUUUUUCACAAAUGCACACCCUGACUGGGAAUUUUGUUGGGACAGUUAUUCUGCGUUUCAACAGAGCGGUAUUGUGAAUUUUUGAAAUUAUCUAGUUAAAAAAAGAUUUAAAAGGUAUGACUGGGGAUUUUAUCCUGUUACUUAAAAGUCUUUAUUUUAGCCUGAUCUUCAGAAGUAAUUGAAAAAUAGUGUAUCACAAACAUUGUGCUCAUCUCAAAUUGAGUCUGUUUCAUUGAAAAGGAUUUUUUUUUAAAAGCAUUAUUUUUUAACUUUUUAAUCUUGGUGCAAUAUGCUAACCAUCAACUACUUUUUCAAUUAACAUUAAAUGCUUGAGCUUUUUUAAAUUGUACAGUUUAUUUGAUGAAACUUAUAUUUUAUUCCUUCAUUGCAGGAAGUUUAUUUCCUAAAACAGUCACACCAUUAUUUAUUGGCUCAUUCAACAUUGUCACAAACAGUACAAGAAUCUCUGGCAAAGAAUUUUAUUUUUCCCUGAAUAUUUGCAGUUAAAACGUUCCCUCAAUUGUACAUUUUGGAUUACUCCUCUGAGUCAUGGCAUAUUGAUACAAAUGUAUUGACGUUACCUAUAUAUUAACUGCCAAAGAUGUAAUAGGCGUGUUUUGAAAAACAACUGCAGUUUACCCAUUUGCUGUUAUUUUGUACUCUAGGUUCCACAUCACCCAGAUUCUGCUUUUCUUGUGACAUGUAAUUUCGCCUCCUCAUGUAACACAGUAUCGAUUCAGUUGGUGUAAACCUUGAUCAUCACAAAUUCUGUCAGCAGUCUUGUCUUUCAGGUUUAAGUCUAAUGAGAAUAAUUGAUUAUGUAAAGCCUCCUUGUUAUCUAGUGUUACACUGGUGCAAAACAAAAAAAGUAUUUGGACCUAUUCAGUGGUUUUUACUCUGCAAAGAAUUUUCAACUGCAGGCGGGGCUUUGCCAUGGCAAACUACAAGUGACCAGUAGCAAAUUAAAUUUGGUUGGCUUGACUUAGGCAAAUGACAGUAUUGCUACAAGGCCUAUAACUUGGAACAGGUGUUAACUGCAUCAGACAAAAAAUGUGUUGUAUUGUAAACAAUGGCAGUACGGCACAGGCUGCAUCUGUUUUGUUGUUUUUACAAUUGAAAUUAGACCGCUCCGUUAUUCUCCGAUUGUUACGGCAAAGGCUGCAUCUACUUUGAACUAGUCACUUAAGUGCUUACAGGAUACAUUUAUUUCAUAUUUAAUAUAGUGGGUUGUUAGUAUCACGUUAGUUUUAGAAAACGUGAUGAAGACAGAGUACUUGACUAGUUUACCUGACGUACAGGAAUUUAUGAAGUUAUAAUUGAGUGUAUGACUGCUUUACUUGUUAGUGUAAUUCUUGUGGGGAGGAAAAUCACAUACUAUAUGAGUAAAUUAGUACUUAAAAUCUUCAGUUUCAGCACCGUCAUAAACCCCAGAGUCGAAUCUUCAAAUUGCUACAAAAUAUUGAAUUGGUUGGCUAUUAAGGUUCUACCCUCACCUUGCCCACAAACGGUUCUGAUUGAACAAUUCCGUUAUUCGCAGAGUAUUAAGCCAAGGAGAACAACUGGUUCAUUUUCAACUGUUUUGAUUCUUUUAUGGACUUUGUUGUGAAAACGCCCACCCUGGGAAUAGGUGUCCGUGCUCUACCCACUUCCUGUCCGUGCAAUUACUGCCCUGCCUGUCUUCACCCAAUGUGGAAACGUGGUCAUAACCCCUCGCGCCACCAAGAAGUACAAGUAUUUAUUGUAGGUGACUUAAGAACAUAAGAAUUUGUGUCAAUAAAGAUCAGAAAUCCUGCUC